AUGGAGGAGCAGGAUGGCACCUGCAGCUCCAGCUGGGAGACCCCACAGGACAAGAGUAGCAGCCUGGAUUCCCCUUGGUCAUGGAUUCCAAUAAUGAGAGACCCUGGAUGGAUUCGAAAUGUAUGGUCUUCAAAUAUUAAUGCGCAGACCAUGAAUUACGUGGGACAGCUCGCAGGCCAGGUGUUUGUCACCGUGAAGGAACUCUACAAGGGUCUGAACCCUGCCACACUCUCUGGAUGCAUCGACAUCAUCGUUGUUCGCCAGCCCAAUGGGAGCCUUCAGUGCUCCCCGUUCCACGUCCGCUUUGGGAAGAUGGGGGUUCUGCGCUCCCGGGAGAAAGUGGUCGACAUAGAGAUCAAUGGGGAAUCUGUGGAUUUGCACAUGAAACUGGGAGAUAAUGGAGAAGCCUUUUUUGUUCAGGAGACUGAUAAUGACCAGGAGGUGAUUCCCAUGCACCUGGCCACCUCGCCCAUUCUGUCGGAGGGAGCCUCUCUGAUGGAGUGCCAGCUAAAAAGGAAUUCUGUGGACAGGACCAGAGGCCUAGAUCCUAGUAUGUCAGUCCAGGAGCUGCCUCCCAGUGACACCCCUUUAAGUGGCUCAUUGGUAAAGAAGAGAAGAAAAAGGCGAAGAAAGUCCCAGCUGGACAGCCUGAAAAGAGACGAGAACAUGGACAUGUCUGAAGACGAGGACAUGUUUCUCAUAGAGAUGAGCUCUGAUGAGGGCAUAGAGCCGAUGGACAGCACUUUAUCAGUAACCCUUCCUAGUGAUGAGCCUCCAUUCCAAGAUGAUGCUUCUGAGAAGAAUCUUUCCCCAGUUCCGACUUACCCACAGUCAGCAUCUUACCCUAAUUCCGAUAGAGAAUGGACACCUAGUCCAAGUAGUCCAAUAGAUUGCAAAAGGACUCCCCCAUCUCAUCUCGCAGUGGCGGCCGAGGGCGGACUCUCUAGUUCUUGUCCCCCACAGUGCUCCCAGUUCCCUGCUCCAGAAAGUCCUUCAGGUUCCCGACCCUCCACACCUAAAAGUGAUUCAGAACUGGUCAGCAAGCCCACAGAUAGACCCAUGCAGAAGAAUACUCUGGAAAUGCUCUGGCUGUGGGGAGAGUUGCCACAGGCUGCAAAGUCAUCUCCACACAAAGCCAAAGACUCCAGUCCAUUAAGCAGCAAGAAAAUAUGUGAGGAUUUACACUUUCAUGCCAUUCAGAGCGAGCUUUCCGAUACGUUUAGUGACCAGUCACCCACGCUAACCCAGGAGCCUUUGAUGACACCAAUGCCAUCUCCAUCUUUUGAGGAGAGCAAGUCUCCACUGGAAAUGCAGUUUGUGAACGAAGAAGAGGCGGAAGUUUUAGGAGCAGCUGCACCCAUCAUACCAACCUCGGAAGAAGCCAAGAUCCUCCCCACCACUUUGGCCCCUGCGGCAGCUGUGGCUGCGGCCAGCAAGACGGAUUCGCCAUCUAGGAAAAAAGACAAACGGAGCCGACACCUGGGUGCCGACGGUGUCUAUCUGGACGACCUCAGCGACAUGGACCCGGAAGUGGCCGCCCUCUACUUUCCCAAAAAUGGGGAUCCUCCGAUGGCAAAACAGGCCAACGACAACGGAGCCAGGUCGGCCAACCAGUCCCCGCAGUCCGUGGGCAGUUCUGGCAUGGACAGUGGCGUGGAAAGCACAUCCGAUGGCCUGCGGGACCUGCCAUCAAUCGCCAUCUCCCUUUGUGGGGGUCUCAGCGACCACCGAGAGAUCACCAAAGAUGUGUUCCUGGAGCAGGCUGUGUCCUAUCAACAGUUUGUGGAGAACCCAGCCCUCAUCGAUGACCCCAAUCUGGUGGUGAAGAUUGGGAAUAAGUACUACAACUGGACCACAGCAGCACCUCUGCUUCUGGCUAUGCAGGCCUUCCAGAAGCCUCUGCCAAAGGCUACUGUGGAAUCUAUCAUGAGGGAUAAGAUGCCCAAAAAGGGAGGAAGAUGGUGGUUCUCAUGGAGGGGAAGAAACAGCACAAUCAAAGAGGAGAGUAAACCCGAGCAGGGCCUGGCCGGGACAAGUAGAAGUAACGGGGAACAGCUCACGCAGCUUGGCUUGGCGACCAGAAUCAAGCAUGAAUCAUCCUCCAGUGAUGAAGAGCAUGCAGCUGCCAAGCCAUCCAACACAAGCCACCUCUCUCUCUUGUCCAACGUCGGUUACAAAAAGACCCUCCGGCUCACUUCAGAGCAGCUGAAAAGCUUGAAGCUGAAGAAUGGCCCCAACUCUGUGAUUUUCAGUGUCACCACGCAGUACCAGGGCACAUGUCGCUGUGAGGGCACCAUUUAUCUGUGGGACUGGGAUGAUAAAGUCGUCAUUUCAGACAUCGAUGGCACCAUUACCAGAUCAGAUACUCUUGGCCACAUUUUACCAACCCUCGGGAAGGAUUGGACCCACCAGGGCAUUGCCAAACUGUACCAUAAAGUAAGCCAAAAUGGGUAUAAGUUCCUCUACUGUUCGGCACGUGCUAUCGGGAUGGCAGAUAUGACGAGGGGCUACCUACACUGGGUCAAUGAGAGGGGCACAGUGCUGCCCCAGGGGCCCCUGCUGCUGAGCCCAAGCAGCCUCUUCUCUGCCUUGCACAGAGAAGUGAUUGAAAAGAAGCCAGAAAAGUUUAAAGUCCAGUGUUUGACAGACAUCAAAAACCUGUUUUUCCCAAAUACAGAGCCCUUUUAUGCUGCUUUUGGAAACCGGCCAGCUGAUGUGUAUUCAUAUAAGCAAGUAGGAGUGUCCUUGAACAGAAUCUUUACUGUCAACCCCAAAGGGGAACUGGUGCAGGAACAUGCAAAGACCAACAUCUCCUCAUAUGUGAGACUCUGUGAAGUGGUUGACCACGUCUUCCCACUGCUGAAGAGAAGCCAUUCUUCUGAUUUUCCCUGUUCAGACACUUUCAGUAACUUCACCUUUUGGAGAGAGCCACCACCACCCUUUGAAAACCAAGAUAUCCAUUCGGCCUCUGCAUAAGUCAUAAUAGGCAGCCUCCCUGAUGUCGUGUGCAGCCCGGCAGCCCCAUUAAAGGAUAGGUUUUGGGAGCCGUGGCGUGGGCGCUCUUCAGCUUGCUGUGCAGUGAUUUGCUUGAGAACUGGGAAAACUGAGCAGCAUUUUUUACCCCCCUUUGUCCUAGGGUGGGUUGCCCCUGCUCAGGGAAAAUUGAAAGUCAAAGGUCAGAUGCAGGCACAGCAUGGAAGGCCUACCUUCAAGGCCAGUAGGUUCUUCUUGUUGACCUCUGUCCCUAUGGUCUUGGGAAAGGUGCGAUGGGGCUCAAGACACCUGAGUAGAAGGGUCCCCACUGCCAACAGCUUUCAUUGUGGAAGAUCAUAGACUCUAGGCUGAAGAAACGGGGUACUCAUUUCCAUUGACCUGGUAGUGGCAUGGCUGCUUGCAGAGUGGAGAGGGGUGUGUGUGUGUGUGUGUGUGUGUGUGUGUGUCUAAUUGCAUGUGUGUGCGCACAGGGGUAGGGACUAGUAUUGACAUGGCUGUCUGCAGAAUGGAGGGCUGUGUGUGUGUGUGUGUGUGUGUGUGUGUGUGUGUGUGUGUGUGGGUGUGUGGUAGAGGCCCAGGACCUAAGGUCUCUGAUGGGAAUCCGAACCCCGCUGUGCUGGCUCUUGGUCUUGCCCAUGCUUCUUCCGUUGCAUACUUGCAGCCUUCUCUUCUAGUUUAGGUCAUCCUUGCUGUUUCAUUUCUGUGGUUAAAGAUAACCUGUGUCAUUGGUCCCCCUCCCCUAUUUCCUUGUGGCUCAGCCUAAUGCCUCUGUGGCAGGCAUGUUGCUUAGAAUAUGCUUUGCCUGGCAUCCUUUGUGCAGUUGGCCAGGGAGUGUCCCUGUGUCCCCAGGCCCCACUGUCCUGUGGCAGUGCUGUGGUGGGCAGGAGAGCUGAUGCCAGGGUCAGUGUGAGGUGGAUUCCUGUGGGACGAGAUGGCGGUGGCAGUCAGCACCUGACUUUGUUUUAAGAAAAUGGACACAGAAGUUGUCAAAAUCUUUUCUUAUGUAGAUAUUAUUUAUAAAUUCCUGCUGAUUGGGUCACUGUCACUAGCCUUUCAGGCCUGUCUCUUUGUGACAACUGAGGGCAGCUAAGACCAAAGACCUUUUCCUUACUUAGGCCUUUGCUGUCCCCCUCACUGUGACCUGUCUGUGUCCAUAGCGCCUCACUCUCGCACAAGGAUGAAUGCAGUUCUCUGAACCCCUGGAGAAGAGGCUUCUCUUCCUUGUGCUUAGGUUGGCUUGAGGCCAGACAGUUUGAAAAGCAAGAGAGUUAUUUUUGGUAAAAGAUUUUGCUUUACUUUUGAAGUAUUACUAUUUUUUUUUUAAAGAAGGUCUAACUCCACUGACUGGAAUGCUUUCCUAUUGAAAUCACAUUGAUAGUCAUUGGAGAAGUAAGAAAUGAAGAAAAAAGUUGAUGGAAAUUUUACUCUUUCUAUGAAAGAAAUCCCUGAGGUGUUCCCAUCUUGGUGGUGGAUGGGCUCUGCUGGUGCUAGACUGAGCACACGCAGAGGAAGGUCUGCCUGGGAGCAACUGAGCAUGCGCAGGGAAAGGCGCCCAGGGCAGGAGCACGCAUGCGCAUAUCCCCUAUUUUGGCAGCUCAUAAUGGAUACUGGUCCUGCCUUAAUCCAUCAUUCUGGGAUUGCCCCACCAGUGAACUUCAGAAGCUGCCUGAGUUCUUUCUGUCUCUCAGGUAUUUUGAGGGGACAGAAGGUUUGAAUUAUAACUGAAAUAUAAGCUCAAGGGAGCCUACCGAAGGUGACCUAGUUUCUCUACCAGGGAGAAACUUGGAUGCCAUAGUGGUGAGCGCUACCAUAUUCCUGUUACCCUUUUGCCAUUAACUUCAUGGGUAGGAGGCUACCAGCUUGUUAUCCAUUUUUCUACAUGGAUGAGAGAUCACACUGGCCCCUCAUUGGAUGCCCAUGAAGCUAACAUGUUCGUUGGCCCUCUGAUACCAUACGUGUCCCCUAGAAACACACCAUCUGGGGCUGGGUCCCUCUCAGAGAGGGAGUCCAGGAAAGCCUGGGACGUCACCUUGGUUGGUGGCAAACUAGAUCCACUGCUAGGCUCCCCUCCCUCGUAUGUGAAAUGGCUUAUUUGCAUCAAACAAGUAUGUCCCAGCCAUCCUGCUAUCAAGUGCUGUAUUUGGACUACACAUUACAAAGUUAUCCUGAAAAGGGGUUACUUCAUAAUUACAAGAAUCCCAGUGUUCCUCUCCUGAUAAGGAACGAGGAGACUCCUGGUCUAUGGAAAAGCCCAUUCACUUGGCCUAUUGAAGAAAGUGGUGGCAUCUUCAAGGAGUAUUCUCUUUUCAAUUUCACGUUUGGGCUAUUUCACUCGCAGCACUUGACUUGUAUUUGUACAUGCUGGUGCAAUGAUCAAAAUCACUGUAAUACUUCAUUGUGUUGUGCUGGAUACAAAACUAGAAAAUAUUGCAAUAAAGGAGACCAAUGAAAGACUUCUAAAAAUGAAA